CAUCCAUCUAAAAAAAAAAAAAAAAAAAAAGAAAAACACCAACAAAUAGACACUACAAAAAGAAGGCAGUUUUUGGACAUCUGUGGUUUUGCACCAUGGGGCUGUGUUCUCAUAAUGGAUUGUUAGUGGUGUUGCUGUUUCAUCUUUGCCAGGCACAAGAUGAUGCUAUCCCCUCCCCUGACCCUGAGCUAGCCCCACCAAGCCUGGGUGAUGUGUCUGAUGCAGUGAAGGCAGACUUUGAACAGGCAGUACAGAUCUCGACAACCGACACUGUACACGAGGCCUCAGAGCAGGUCGUAGGUGAACUCUCUCCACAGAAGACUCCAGAAGAGCAGUCACCAAUGGUAGAGACCACAGCUGAUUAUACAACAGAAGCAGCAGCUAAAGAGGAGGCAGUGGUGCUCACUGCAGGUGAACCAGAUGCUCAUUUGUUAGAAUCAACUCAAGAUAUUGAGCCUGCAGAGGAGAUUCAAGGACUGAUACCUCAGGCAUCAAUCUCAGAGCCAGAUGAGAAAUCAGUUAUAAAACCAGGAGAGUUGGUCCUUGAAGCAGUAGAUUCAGUUCAGGAACCAGUAGAAUCGGUUUUGCAAGACCCUAAGAUUGCUGAAGUGGGUGAUACAAUGACUGAGGAAAGCCAUGCAGAUGAAUCACCUGUCCAGAUGUUUCCUGAUACACAAAAAGAUAAACAAUCAGAAAGAGUAGCUGCAGAAAUGGAAGUGGUUGAAGAUGAAAAUGUAGAAGAGCCAGAACAGGGAUUCAUUGAGAAGGAAGCUCAGGUGUCUGAGAUGGAAGAGAAAACCGGAAAGGGGGAAAUAGAGAAAGUAGAGGUGAUGAUAAGUAGGGGACAAGUUAAACUACAAGGACAACAAAAAGAAGAAUCUUUGGAAAGGCAAGAUACAGAAUGGGAUAAAGAAUCAGAGCAUAGUCAAGAGGAAUGGCAGGCAGUAACAGCACAGAUGGCUCCAGAUGGUGGUGUGGUUGAUAUGGAUGAAGUAGAACAGGAAGAGGAAGAACAGGAAGUAGCGAAGACUGAAGAAGGUGUGAUUGAAGUUGAAGCAAGGAGAGAGGAGGUAGAGGCUGGAUCUGAGGCACAGCUAUGGAAGGUUUCAAGAGAGAAGGAGGUUCAUCCAGCCGACAAAACAGUACUGGAGAAAACUCAACAAGAACCAGAGGUCACCGUGGAUACAUGGGGACCAAUUAAGCUGCAGGAGCCUGUUAUUACGAAGUCAAAAGCAACAGGCGAUUUUACAGGUAAAACACAUGAGGCCAGUGAUGUAAAUGAGAUUAUCACCUCCAGAGACCCGAACAAGAACAAUCAGGGUGUACCAGUGUUGAUGAACACUGUUGAGGAGCUCCAACCAACACCAGUUCUCAAACUGAGGCUUGGAGAUACUGACGCACAAGCGGAGGAACAUGUUGACUCUACACAGACCAAAGCCACAGGGCAGGAAGCAUGGAAGAUAGGAGCCAUAGCAGCAGCUUUCUUUCUCAUUCUGCAAACUGCUGUCACCAUUGUCUACAUUCUGAAGUGCAGGCGAAAGCCAAAUAGCAGUGUGGCCUCAAAGAACCUGUGUGCUGGAGGAAACGGAGGCAUGGAAUGUGAUGCAAACAACACAGAUACCACCAUUCCAAUCGAUGAACAAACUGCUGUAGAUGACCUUCCUGAGUACUCAGAGGUCCAGCAAGAGGACGUUGCUAUGACAACUUUCCCACUGGAUUCCACAGAGAAGAAUUCACCCUAUGACCCCAGAACCUCUGUUGUUUAGCAUUGCUGACCUUAAGGAGUAUGACUGUAAUUGUGUAAGUGUGUGUGUAAAUGACCGAGUGUCUGACUGUGGGAAAUUGUGUUUGUGUGUGUGUCUAUAUGUGUAUUGAAUGGUCUGGUUAUCCUUGACAGCAAAUGUCACUCCAGUGUAAUUCUUCAGACAGUAAAAAGACCUGUUAUCAGUGGAAAACGCAGAGUACAUAUCAUUUUUAGGCUGGAUGCUUGUUUAAAAAAUCUAAAGAUUCUGGGAAAAGGAUGAAUGUACUUGAAAAGCAAAACUGCAUAAAUUAUUAAGGCUUGUUUUCAGAGAAUAUAUUUACAAUUUGGCUUUCACUGAGUUUUUUCUUCUUUAAAAUAUCUAACAUUUAACAUGGUUUAUGCUUAAAUUAAAUAAACAACUUAUAAAACUAUUCGCUAUUUUGCAAACUAUUUGCACUAUUUCCCCUUGCUUUUCAAGUAUAUGUAUCUUUUUUUUAAAGAUGUUUGGUUAUUUUUCUAAAAAACAAGACUAAAUUCUUUUGAACAAAUGUAUUGUCCCACACUCUGAGUUAAAUAUUACAUUCCAUCCAUUUGGAUUACACAGUUUUAACAACAAAUGAAUUUAAUGUGAUGCAUAUUUGUCAGUAAUAUAUAAAAUAAACGUAAGAAACAAGUAAACAUUUUUCUUUAUUAUUAUUUAGAAAGUUUAUUUUGAAUUAUUGGCAAAUAAAUUGUAUUUAAAUCAUAAAAAUUCAUGAAAUCAUAUUUUCAAUAUGCUCAAAUAGUUUAGGACCUGUAUAAAUCUGUUGUUAAUUGUGAAAACACUUACAUUUAUUCAGUUACAAGUAAGCUAAAAUAUGCUAGCUGUGGAACAAUCAAUAUAGUUAAAAUGUAUUAGAAGACAAAUUAUUCAUGAUAAAUAUGUAAAACUGGUUAUUAUGCAUUUAAAACACGUUUAGUAUAUUUGUACAAUAAUAACCUUUUUGUUUCUUGAUUGAUUAUUGGGGAUCCCAUUAAUUCAUAGAACUGUGUAAUCUGAAUGGAUUGAAAUUGAAUAUGCAAUUCAAAUACACACAUCUUAAAUUUAGGCCUUAAUAAUUUUUGGAUUUUGAUUUUGUACUGUUUUGUAUCGAUAAAGCAGAACAAUAUUUACAAUACACAUCAAUGUAUUGCAUUUAACAAUUUCCAUUUACUUGUA